AUGGCCGCAGUUGUUUGGGACUUGAUCACCAGCACCAUCCCCAGCCUGCUUGCACUUGCACUUGCAGCCGCCCUUAUGUACUUUGUCUCCAAGAAGCUUGGACCAAUAUGUGCCCACCAAGAACGCACCUCAAAAGCUUUUGGAAAAGCAGCUCUACUGCAAGAAGUGGUAGUCGUGCAACAAGCGAAAUUAGCUGUGACGUUACUGGGGCUGCAGAGACAGGAGAGAGGAGAAACUAGGGUACGUGAUGGGUCUGGGGUCCGUGAUAGACAGCCCGUGGAACCUGAGUCACCGCCGGCUCCGAAGGAAACCGAGCAAGGGCAGCCACCACCCUCACCGCCUUUCCCACUGGCCCAGGGAGGGACGCCUGACAAGGGUUUUCAACCGCCCGCGGGACCUGUGCUUGCAGAGUCUAAGGAUUCUCCCCGUGGAAAGCAUUCCCGCUCAGGGGGCUCGCCUGAGCCUAAGCCGAGGUGCCCCCCACUUUCUGAGCCGCUCCUGCAACAGCCCCUGCUGUUUCCUUCAGGGCCGGGACCCACAGCAUUGGGCGGAUCCUCUGAGGACCCCACUGCCUGGGUCACAGGGGUUCAGAGAUUUCAAGAGGCCCUCAAGACCCCAUACAGUCUGGCCUUGAGAAAUGAGCCCGGCAGAGCAGAUCUGAAGCAUGUGGUGAUAGACGGGAGUAACGUGGCCAUGGCCCACGGCCUACAAAAGUUCCUACUGCACCUGGCAGACAAGACCGGGGGGAUCAUCGUGACCAAUGAUAACCUGAGAGAGUUUGUGACCGAGUCGGCGUCCUGGAGAGAAAUCGUUGCCACCAGGCUGCUUCAGUACACGUUCGUGGGAGACAUAUUUAUGGUUCCCGAUGACCCUCUGGGAAGACACGGACCUCGGCUAGAAGAAUUUCUUCGAAAAGACCUCUUUCCUCCAGACAGGCAGCUGGUUGUUGACAGUGGCCCGCCAGGCAUGAGCACUUUGGACACUGUCCUCAGGAGCCCCAGCCCCAGCCCCAGGCCCAGCCCCAGCCCCAGCCCCAGCCCCAGCCCCAGCCCCAGCCCCAGCCCCAGCCCCAGCCCCAGCCACUGGCCACCACCCCAGAUCCACGGAGCCUCUCCAAGCCCUGGGCUUCCUCAGCAACAGCUCUUCACCGUCCAGGUCACAGGGCCCAGGAUGCAGCAGAAACUAGCCAGGCCCGCACAGAGAUCUUGGGCAGAGACCACCCAGCUGAGGGAGGCGCUGAUGAGCAUCUUCCCGGACUCUGAGCAGAAAAGGAAGAUUGACCAGAUUCUGCUAGCUCAUCCAUCCACGAUGGACCUGAACGCCCUCUCUGGCCUCGUGUUGGAUGCAAGGCUGGGCUGA